CAUGGCGGAGAGCGAGGCCGAGACCCCCAGCACCCCGGGGGAGUUCGAGAGCAAGUACUUCGAGUUCCACGGCGUGCGGCUGCCGCCCUUCUGCCGCGGGAAGAUGGAGGAGAUCGCCAACUUCCCAGUGCGGCCGAGCGACGUGUGGAUCGUCACCUACCCCAAGUCUGGCACGAGCCUGCUGCAGGAAGUGGUCUACCUGGUGAGCCAGGGGGCUGACCCCGACGAGAUCGGCUUGAUGAACAUCGACGAACAGCUGCCCGUGCUGGAGUACCCUCAACCCGGCCUGGACAUCAUCAAGGAGCUGACGUCACCACGCCUCAUGAAGAGUCACCUCCCCUACCGCUUCCUGCCCGCCGACCUCCACAACGGCGACUCCAAGGUCAUCUACAUGGCUCGGAACCCCAAGGACCUGGUGGUGUCCUACUACCAGUUCCACCGCUCGCUCAGGACCAUGAGCUACCGCGGCACCUUCCAGGAGUUCUGCCGGAGGUUCAUGAACGACAAGCUGGGAUACGGCUCCUGGUUUGAGCACGUGCAGGAAUUCUGGGAACACCGCAUGGACUCAAACGUGCUUUUCCUCAAAUACGAAGACAUGCACCGGGACCUGGCGACUGUGGUGGAGCAGCUGGCACGGUUCCUGGGGGUGUCGUGUGACAAGGCCCAGCUGGAGUCCAUGACCGAGCACUGCCACCAGCUUGUGGACCAGUGCUGCAACGCUGAGGCCCUGCCCGUGGGCCGGGGCCGAGUCGGGCUCUGGAAGGACAUCUUCACCGUGUCCAUGAACGAGAAGUUUGACUUGGUGUACAAGCAGAAGAUGGGGAAGUGUGACCUCACGUUUGACUUUUAUUUGUGAGACCAGAAACGGCCACUUUGCAUGCUGACGAUACCCAGACA